CUUAAAAUAUAUCAUUAAAAUACUCUAAACUUGUAGUCAAUGAUAACCAAUGGUUUCAAAAACAACAACAAUAGAUAUAUUUUUUACGGACAACAAAUCCCAAGAUUUAUUGAUUCAUAAGUGCUCUUCACUUAACUUUGAAUCGGUUGACAAACACUCAAAAGCCGUUACAUUUGUGGCCAAAGAAUUCAACGAUAGUGUUGACACUGAUUCAGAAAAGUGGUAUUUAAAGAAAGUGAAGGAUUUAUUAGAUUUGUGGUCACAUAAAGCAAAACAUAUAAUGAAUUCUUCAACAAUUCACGAAUUAUAUAUUCAAUAUCUAAAUCAAAGUCAAUCACUAAAAGAUUUAACAAAAACAGAUUAUACUUACUCUAAGAGUAUCAGUUAUAAUAAGAAUAUUUCAAAUACUGAUUGGUUGGUACCAAAUAUGUGCCGCAAAAGUAUCUCAUCUUUUGUUAAGACUUCCACCCAAAUGUCUCGUACUUUGAAUACAAAUACGAAAACAGAAAUAAUUAAUAAUUCAAUUAAUAGUUCAAAUGUGACACCAAAUGCCGUCAAACGGGCCACCAAUAAGUGUCCUUUAAUUUUCCGAUUUGUGGUCUUAUUAUUGUUUUUAACUCCUUGUAUAUAUUUAUUGAGUCAUUACAUAUCUAGUCCACUGCCUUACAGUUCAUUUGAUGGACUGGUCAGUGAUUAUGCGGCCAAAGAUGCAAUCAAUGCUUUGAUUAAGGAAAUGAAGACAAUGCGUAAUGAUUUGAAUCAAUUGAGACAAACAAACAGUGAUAUGAAUUCAAAGAUGAAAAACAAUGAAUUUAAUGAAAAUGAAAAGUUUACGCAUUUGAGUGAAAAAAUGGAUAAAAUUGAAGAAUAUUUGAAUAAUUCUUUAAAGAAUUGCUGUCAGAAUAAUACUGAAUCGUUGAUAGCUUUGAUUGACUUACGUUUGUCUGCAUUUAUGUCUUCAUUGUUAAGCAAUAAUCAAAACACACGACAAUCUAUGUCUCCAUCAGAAGCAGUUGAAGAACUUAAAAGUUUCAUAAAUUUUGAAUUAAUGAAAACAAAUGAUGUUUUCAGGGAAUCGAUUGAACAAAAAUUAAUGACAACUAUUGAGAAAUUUGAAGAACAGAUGAAAAGGGAAAGUAAAUCCAUAACAUCUAAUAUAACUAUUGGAAAAGUUAGGUCUUUAAUAAGUGAAGCACUGGCUGUAUAUGACGCCGAUAAGACAGGUCAACCAGAUUAUGCAUUGGAACCGUCAGGAGGAACUAUUAUAAACACUCGUUGUUCAGAAACAUAUGAUCCGCACGGAGUUGAAUGUAAUAUCCAUAAAAUGAAGAUAUUGUCAACUAUUGACAAAAUUAAGUCUUUAAUAAGUGAAGCACUGGAUGUAUAUAACACCGAUAAGACAGGUCAACCAGAUCUACAGAUUCCGUAUUCACGGAAAACCAAAUAAUACUUUAUCAGUAGUUAUAUAAUAAGAUAUUUUGCAAUUUUUUACUAAUUAAUAAUUUUUAUUAAAUUA